ACGUCUUUUGACACCAUAAAAAUAAAUAAAAUUCGAUUCUUCAACAUUAGAAUAAUAAACGGCCCUUCUGUUUUGAAAAGUUACCUCUUCCAGAAAAACCAUUUACUUUUAUCUUCCAACGACAUAUCGUUCUACAUACAAAGAGUAUAUUCCAUUUUCCAAAACCAUAUUAUAUAAACUCAAUUCAUCAAUAUAAUUUGUCACAACACCAUACAUAAAAAUAAACCAUAGUAUUUUAACCAUUCACUAAAUUAACAUUUGGAAUGGGUAGUGAUGAUGUCGUCGUAGUUGCGGAUGGCCGAGAUGGCGAGGCGAGGAAGAUAGUGGUGGCCGUGGAUGAGAGUGAGGAGAGCAUGUACGCUUUGUCAUGGUGCCUUAACAACAUCGUUCAAGGACAACCGCGAAAUUGUAAAGAUGCCCUUGUACUCCUACAUGCCAAGCGGCCUACUGUUGUGUACCCUGGCUUGGAUAGCUCAGCAUAUUUGAGCUCUCAUGAUGCUUUAUCAUCACUAGAUAGACGGGACAACGAAAUGGCAUGUUGGAUCCUUCAGAAGGCCGAUAAGCUUUGUGCGGAGCAUGAUGUGAAAGUCGAGAAAAAAGUAGAAGAAGGGGAUCCAGGGGAUGUGAUAUGUGAGAUGGUGAAUGUUUUGAAGGCGGACUUGCUUAUCAUGGGAAGCCAUGGGUAUAGUCAACUGACCAGGUCGAUAUUGAGGAGUGUGAGCCAUCACUGCGUCCAAAAUGCGAGCUGCCCUGUUUUAGUUGUUAAGAUGCCAAAAUAAAAUGCCCUCGUCUUGGCUAUGCGACCAAAAGAGAAUACGUACCAUUAAUUUCAUCUAUAUAUGUUGCAAUUGUCAAUGCUAAGAUCGAUGUUAACCGUAACAAACACCCCCUCCCCCGAUAGUAAAAAAACUAGUCAAGGACUUCAAUUGCGCCCGCGCAUCUAUUAUACAGUUGUACAAGUAUGCUCUUCAAUUUUUUCUUCAAGUGAGCUAUACGUCAUACUAUUUUUGUAUAAUCUUCUUCUUAUGCCCAAAGAUUGAGCCAAAUUAUGAAAUUGUUAUACUAGUCCA